UCGCAUCGCGUUCUCAUGUGAAAAUCGUCGCAGCUCGUUCCGUGUUUUCGCCACUCGAGCGGGAAAAUCAAAAAUAUUUCUACGCUCAACAAAAUAAAUUAAUUGAAAUUGAUUUUUCAAGCAACAGAAAUAUAAAUAGUUCUAGAAGAACUAUAAAUCGAGGAAGUCAAUUUUUGUUUUAUCAAAUUUCAAGUGCAAUCCAUUGUGAAAUCAAUCUAAAGUGUGUGUGUGUGUCAUUCGAAUAAUUACUAUUAUUAAAAAGGAAAUAAAUACGCAGAAAGAGAGAGAGAGAUCGAACGAGGCAGAGUGAAAGAGAGAGAAACAAAAAGCGAGAGAUCCGGAGAUCUCUCGAGAAUCUUUAAACAACAGCGCUAAAGUUACGGAUCUAAUUUCAUACAGUUUAAUUUAUUUUUAAUUUUUCUACAAAACAACAAACUCCAGAAAGAAAAAUACGAACCAGCUAAACUCAAAGCAAAAAACGAUCUCAUAUCCAAGCAGCAACAAAUUCUGAGAAUAAGAAAAGGUAUUCAACAAAAGGCCGAGAGGAAUAAGAGUUAUUCAUCAAAGAAAAGGAUAAUUCAAUUGAUUUGGCAAAUAAUAAUUGAUUUAUAUAUAGAAAAUAUUCCAAAAUUUACGUUGAAAUAAUGUUUUAAAUAACAUUUGAAGCCUUUGACUCGAUUGAUUUGAUAUACAGUUUAAUUGGCAAGUAAUUAUUAGUUUGUCUCGUUUUAAAAUAAAUGACUGUGAAUGUUUUUAUUGCAAAAAUUCCAUAAAGAACACGGAAAGCCUUUGUACCUAUUGAUUCCACUUUAAGAUUUCUAUAGCGUCACGAAAAUCUUAUUAUACAAAAUUGAUUGAACUAAAAGAAAGCGCAAACUAUACAACUAUACAAUGCCUUUUCUUAUUCCUUAUCAUCAUGAUCAUCAAUAAAAACUAAUGGAAAACUAAAUAAAAGUCAUACAAAAAUAGACGAAAACAAAGUGCAUUCCCUGACCACACGAAAACAAGCGCAUUCAUUAUCAGUUGCUAUCAAAAUCGCUUCCCCAUACUCAAUACUCACUACUAGAACUGAAAAACUGAAUCACUCCCAACAUUUUUAACCCACUAUCACCUGUUCAUUAGCAACAACGAAUUGGCUAUCAAUUGACUGGCAAAUAAAAAGCACCAACAUACCAAAGUGCUCAACACUAAUCUGGGUUUUUCAAAAACAAAAGCACAAUAUUUUCAGAUAACACAGACAAGCGUUUAUGCUAAAAACAAAAAAACUAAAGUAAACCCAAGUAUAAAGACAAUGCGCACAACUUUCGGCCGUGGCCCAAAGUUUAUACUGCUGACCAACAAAUUCAACCACGUUCAGCACAAGGAGGUGAUCACCUAGGAUCAUCAGAAAACAGUGAUUAACCGUAACCAGUGAAGGAUAACCCAGUGAAUACCGAACCCAGUUGUUGAACCAGUGAUCAUGUCGUCGGAUACGAACUCGUGUACUAGUUUCUUUGCCCAGGAGCACGCGAAUGCCACACUGUCGCAGUACUUCCAGCAGCUCAACUCGCAAGUUGCUGCUGCAGCGGCGAGCAAUAGCGGUGGCAACAGCAGCAGCAACAACAACAACAACAGCAGUGGCAACAACAGCAGCAGCGGCAACAGCGACAGCGGAAAUGAUGGCAGCAUGACAGGAUCCUCGGGAACCAUGGACAACCAUCGCAGCAGUGUUAGCAGCAAUGAUUCGGGCAAGAGUAGCGCCACAGGAGGCGGCGGGGCAGGUGCCACCAGCAACAAUGGCGUGAAUGCAUGGGCCUUGCAGCAGCAGCAACAAACCGCCGCCCUGCACCAUCAGCAACAGCAGCAGCAGCAGCAUCAACAGCAGCAACACCAACAGCACCUACAGCAACACCAUCAAGCGCACCAUCAGCAUGUCCUGCAGCAGCAGCAGCAGCAACAGCAGCACUCCCAGCAUCAGCAUCAGCAGCAACAUCACGGCCACCCGCUGCAUCCGCAUCAUACACACCAGCAGCAGCAACAACAGCAGCAGCAGCAGCCGCCGCAACACCACCAGCAGCAGCAACAGCAGCACGCACAGCAGCAGCAACAGCAUCAUGCCGCCCAGCUGGCCCAUACACUCUCCUCGGCCGCCGUUGCUGCUGCAGCCGGGAAUACCGGUGGCAACACCAACCCCCACUCCAUUUUCGGCACCGGCAACUUCCACUACAAGACGAACAACUCGUGGACGCUGCCCACGCUGACGUACCAGAGGAUAUACCAGGAGAAUCCCCACUACCAGCGCAACUCCUUCAUGGAUCCGCAGAGCAAUGCCGCUGCAGCUGCAGCAGCUGCUGCUGCCAGUUGCAAUGCUGCCGCUGUUGCGGCAGCCGCUGCAGUUGCAAGUGGCAACCAGGGAUCGAAUGGAAAUGCCAGUGGCAAUGGUAAUGCUGUUGUGGCGGCAACUGGUAAUGGAAACGGUGGAAAUCCCAGCCAGAAUAGCAACAACAAUAACGGCAACAACAGUGGCAAUAGCAACAAUAACAGCAACAACAAUGUGUCCUCCGUGCAACAUGUGGCAAAUGCCGUCGCAGCGGCUGUGAUCGCCAACGAGCAUCACAACCAUUUGAACAGCUUGAAAGCGCGAUUUCAGCCAGCCAGCUCAGGCAGGAAAUCUCCAUUUUUGGGUUUCAUUUGCAAAUCAAACGGCAAAUCCACAUCGAAUAGCAAAGAAAUCAUCUGCCCAGAUGACAAGUACAAGGAGGAGGGCGACAUCUGGAAUGUUGAGGCGCAAACAGCGUUUCUCGGCCCAAAUCUGUGGGACAAGACCCUGCCCUAUGAUGCCGACCUCAAGUAUGCCGACCUAGACGAGUUCCUGUCGGAGAACAACAUACCUGAUGGCCUGCCCGGCACGCAUCUGGGCCACUCCAGUGGUCUGGGCCACCGGUCCGAUUCCCUGGGCCACGCAGCGGGUCUGUCUCUUGGUCUUGGCCACAUAACCACAAAGCGAGAGCGGUCGCCCUCGCCAUCCGACUGCAUCAGUCCGGACACGCUAAAUCCGCCAUCGCCGGCCGAGUCAACAUUUUCGUUCGCCUCCUCGGGCCGUGACUUUGAUCCGCGAACCAGAGCCUUCUCCGACGAGGAGCUCAAGCCGCAGCCGAUGAUCAAAAAGUCACGCAAGCAAUUCGUUCCAGAUGAGCUCAAGGACGACAAGUACUGGGCACGUCGCCGGAAGAACAACAUUGCCGCCAAGCGCUCCCGCGAUGCCCGGCGCCAGAAGGAGAACCAGAUUGCGAUGCGGGCACGCUACUUGGAGAAGGAAAAUGCAACAUUACAUCAGGAGGUGGAGCAGUUGAAACAGGAGAACAUGGACUUGCGUGCACGUCUAUCGAAAUUCCAAGAUGUGUAAUGAUAAAUACAAUUUUGUAACUUGGCCUGAGGACACCACAACAAUUAAAUAAUAAUAACUAUUGAUAAAAUAACAAUAAUCAUAACUAUGAUAAAACUACUAAUAAUGUUUAGUACAGCAGACAUGAAACCUACACUAUAAAGUACAUAUUGUAUCUAAAUAUGUAUAUGCAAAAAUAUAAUUAGUAAGCAAACACACACCCACACAUACACAAGAAACCCCUCACGGCGUCGUGCUCCGCUUUAAUAUUUAUUUUAUGCUAAAAACUAAAAGCAAAUUAACUAAACACCGAGGAGGAGAAACCGACCGAAUGGAAACUAAAAACAUUUUUUAGAGUAGCCAAAAAAGAAAGUCUCACGAUAGCAGAGCGUUGAAAAGCUCUGCAGCCGAAGCUUUUUGCCUUUAAAGUAGCAUACUUCCGAGCGCAAUGGGAAUCCUAAAAAACACAGACGUAGAAUUGUUAUCUUUUAAAUUGUUUAAUAGUUGUCUAGCCUAGUUUUACGCAAAAAAACUUCUCUUCUUUGACUUCUUUUGCUAUUUUUUUCCCCCUUUUACUUUAGUUUUUAUUAUUCUUUGUAAUUAGUUGUUCGAUUAAGUUUUUCUUAAGCUAAUAGUGAACGGAAAUCCACAUGCACACAACAAAUCAUAUUGUAAAUAAUUUCGUUGCCUUUUUUCAAAUUAACUCGAGAGAGGAAUUACCAUAAAAUGCAAAAGAAAACAUGUAUAAAAAAUUGCAAAAUGAAAACCCACAAAAAAAAAGAGAAAAUUAAAGGAACGCUAAGAGAAAACCAUUUAGAGAUGAGCAAAGAACUUCCCUCCUCAGUUGCCGGGCACUUGGCAGCUGUUUAGUUUAAGUGAGCUAUGAUUUUUAUAAAAACCUAAUGAAAAAAUAUCAGAAAACCCCAAAAAAAAUUAAAAACAUACGGACAGAGACAGACGGUGGACAGACAGAAAUGAAAAACUAGAAGUGAAAUAGUUUUCGUUGUUGAUUUCUUGAUACUAAAAUAACCAACCCAAAACUAACCCAGACAUAGUCAGCUGGUUAAAGCGAGAGAACUAGUUUUCUUACUUCCUACUAAGAACUACAUACACACAGACCAUCCACGAAAAACCCCUUCAUACCAUGCUAUCACUCUACAACUUUUCACAUUUUUCCUUUUAGUUGUAAACAUUUUAUUCGUUUAACUUUUAUUACAAGAAAAACUAUUUCUUUUGGUGUGAUUUGCAAGAUCUUAAACAAACAAUUUAAAAACAAAACAUUUUUACAUAAUACCAUACAAUUAUGUUACUUUAAAAACAACUAUUUUCGUUAGUUAAGUUUAUUAAUUAUUAUUAUUUGUUAUACAUUUGAGUUAAAUUUACCUGCAUACAAUUAUAUAGAAAUUUAAGAAAAUAUAUGAAACCGGAAAAAAACUUACCGACCGAGAGCAAAAUUUAUAUUUUAUAUUCAGCAAACAAUAUGGAAGCUAUAAACAAAAUCGUAGAGAGAUAAAUAAGUCCAUUAAGCACUCCUUCUAAACAAAUUUCAAUAAGUUUUAUUUAUUCUAUGGAAAAAUGUGCAAAACCAACAAAAAACUGAAAGAAGAACCACAAAAGUAAAGAUCGAUAAAGGAGAAUGAGCGUAACGAAAAAGUGAGAAAGCAAAAAACGAUUUGUGUGUAAUAAUAAAAGUCUAAGCGUUGCUUUUAACUAUUGAAACUCGUUUAUUUUCUAUCUAUCCACCCACAACACCCCCCACAGAUGCCCCAUCCCCUCGCCACAUAGCUCAUUGUAGUAAAUAUAUAAUGAAAACCAUACAUGGAUCUCAAGACAGAGUUAAAGAAAUAAACCUAAAGCCGUAACCGAAAUCGAAACUAACCCUAACGAUAGACGCAAUAACUACAAAGAUUAUAUAGUAAUCAGUAAUAUAGCAAUAUAGAUAUUUAGCCAACCCCUGUUUUUUUAUGUUUAUUAAAACGAAUCUCAAAAAAAUCUAAAAUCUAACCCUGAAGCCUUUUGCACUGCUAUGAGACCACCUAGAGAAAACAACCACAAAAUAACGUUAAAAUUUAAUAAAGAAUCCCACAAUUAACCUAAUGGGGAAAAAAAACAUAUGAAGAAAGUUGGGUGUCAUUUUGCAAAAUGAAAUUUUUUGAGCUUCGGUUGUUGAAUGAAUUCACACAAUAUAUACGAUAAACUUAACACUUAUGGAUAACUCAAAUAGCGGACUAUACGACUAAGCAGAUUCAAGCAAUUGCUACAUAUUUGUACAACAAACCAGAAGUAAAACAAAAAUCAUGUUAUAUUUAUACCUAAGUAAUAUAAAUUGCGCGUAGAGGUGAAAACAUAUUAAGGCGAUAUUUUGCUUAUUUCAUUUGCCUGGCCAUCAAUUGAACGAGCAGUAGACCUCCCCUCACACAACUUUGGUUAAGCGUAGCUUUGUAUAUUUUUAAUAACUAUUGUUUUCCGUAGUUUGUAGAUGAAUUUUUGUAGACAAAUUUUUGGUUUAUGUAGAGAAUUGUUGAAUAAAAAACAAAACAGAAUAAAAA